AUGGGCAAACUCCGCCUCUCAACAAGAUUGUUUCAAUCAUCAUUAUUUCUCCUACUCGUUUUGUGUGUUUUAUCCAACCAACAACAGCUGCAACAGGAAAAUUGGUAUGACUCUUUGAGUGACAGUUGGGUGGAUGCUUAUGUUUCAUCUUAUCUCAACGCAUACAUGUGGAAAACCUCAUCUCUCGCAUCUACAACCAUUCAGUCAAGAGAUGGUUUGAUUCAAUAUUUGAGAGGAACAAACCAUACGGCUGGUCAAUCGCAGCAGAGUGUGAAAAUUGGGGUUUUAUAUCACAAGGUUGAUUUGGAACAUGUGAAAAACAUGUGGCAACAGGUGAAGGAGUUUUAUGGAUGGACAUCAGACAUGGACACGUUCAAGUAUUCAUUUCUUACAGUAGAUGACAUGGAUUUUACAUGUAGACAAUUUCAUGCAUUUGAUGAUUUUGAUAUUGUCGUUACGAGUGAGGAAUACUUUUAUAAGAUUGUUAGAGUUUUUAGAACAGGAAAUAGGAAGGAUAAUGGGAUUUGGUACACAUACGAAGAUUUUCAAAGUUAUUCGAUUGUUCCAAUUAAGAUUUUACAAAUAGCAAAAGAACCGAAUAUCUAUUCGAUUGUCAAUUAUUUAGAAUCUAGAAUAGAUUCAAAUUGCACUAAUAGUAGUGUUAUUUAUCAACAUGAUAGCACUGAAGAAAUCAUUUACAAAAUAAUAUCAAACUCUUUAAAUGGAACUAUUUAUGAAAAUUCGGAUUUUCAAAGAUUUGUAAAGAAAUUUAGUCCAAAUUCAUUAAUAUUGAGUUCAAACUCUGUGGAAGAUUUGAAGUCACUCCUCAUAUCAAGACUAAAUUACGGGUCGUCUUCAUCAAAUUAUUAUCAAAAUUUCAAAACUUUCCUUCGACCAAAUUGCACACAAUGUCUCAAUGAUUUUUGUGCAUCUGUCAGUUUCAUACAGACUGAUUAUUGGAUUGUUCCGAGUACAGUUAUGGUAAUUCUCUAUUUUGCAGCUCUGUUUCUCUCCAAAGCUUUUCUAACACCUUCUAUUAAGAGAAGAUUAUUGAUUCCCUAUCUUCCAUUUAUAAUUGUUUAUAUUGAAUCUCAAUAUUUGAGUCCAAUUCUCAAUUAUUGCUCAAGAGGAAGAUUGUUAAUUCUUGGAUUUGUCAUUAAUUGGUAUCUCAUAACUUAUGGAUUGACCAUUAUUAGAUUGUACUUGUUGAGAAAUAUGUACACUUUGAUUUCGAAAUCAAAAUUUUCAAAUAUUAGAAUUCAAAAGAUACUCUCAGGAGAUUUAAUAGGAAUAGUUCUAACAGGAGGUUUAUCUUUCCUAAUUACCUGUUUCAUUUCUCUUCCUUUCUAUUUCGUUUUCCUCCCUCAAGAUCAAUACCUUUUCAGUAGCAUCUUUAUUGGAAUAAGUGUAGUUUUGGGAAGUCUUUUGUCAUUACUUGGAGUUGUUAUUGAUAUAAUUACCAAUAGAAAAAAGUUCUCAAAGAAAGGUAUCAGUUAUUACAUUUUCUUUGAUGAUCCAUUCAUGAUAAGAAUUGAACUCUUGUCACUUGCCAUGAUUACCAUUCUUGUUGUAAUUCUUGGAACAUUGAAUUUAUAUGGAAUACCAGUAAGUUUAUAUUCAUGUGAGUGA